AUGUUCCGCCUUCCUCUGCGCAGCGCCAUGCGGCGUAGCGCGUUUGUGAGGCCCACGAUGCGGCCCACUGCGAUGCUCUCGACGUCCGUCUUCCGCGCCAACACCGGCCAGCCCCGGCCGGGAAACAACUCACCGACGCCGCAAGGUCUUGAGGGCGUGUUCGGCGGCAAGGAGACGGUGCCCAAGGCGCCUAACCCGGCUCCCGGAAGCGAGCCUCUGAAGCCGCCCCAGCAGCCGACGCACGGCACUGAAGAGGGCAAGGACCAGCCCUCUGGAGCGAAGAAUGACGGUCGCGAUGACGACGGAGGCGACUGGAAGGACCGGAGGCCGAGGCUCAGCGACGAGAAGGCUGGCAAGAAGACGGCGACCGGCGGAGGCGGCGGCGGUGGUGGCAGCGGAGGCCAGGGCGGUAACGGCAACUUUGGUGGCCUCACGCCCAACCAGCUUCUUCUUGCUGCGAUCUCCCGCAACCAGCUUCUCGCCCGUGGCCUUGUCCAGUCACUCGAGGUCGUGAACGGCAACAAGGUCCGCGUCCACCUGCACAACCCCAUUUCUGGCUCUUCUGGCUCCUCGUCCAGCGGCGGCAGCACCCCCGGCACCACCGACCCGCCUCGCGGCCCGGCUCCUUAUGUCUUCACGAUCGGCUCGCUCGAGAACUUUGAGCGCCUCCUCCGCGAGACGCAGGACGAGCUCGAGAUUCCUCCCUCCGAGCGCAUCCCUGUGUCCUACCACGAAGAGACGAGCGGCUUCCAGAUGAUGCUCCACUUUGCGCCUACGCUCUUCUUUGCCGGAUUCCUUCUCUGGAUGAUGCGCCAGCGUGGUGGUGGUGUCGGCGGCGGAUCGGGCGGCGUCUUUGGCGUCGGCAAGUCCAAGGCCAAGAUGUUCAACCAGGACCUGGACGUUGCUGUGCGCUUCCGCGACGUAGCGGGUGCGGACGAGGCCAAGGAGGAGAUCAUGGAGUUUGUCAAGUUCCUGAAGGAGCCGGCGCGCUACGAGAAGCUCGGAGCCAAGAUUCCCCGUGGUGCCAUCCUCUCCGGUCCCCCGGGAACGGGUAAGACGCUCCUCGCCAAGGCGACGGCGGGCGAGGCCAAGGUUCCCUUCCUCUCUGUGUCCGGAUCCGAGUUUGUGGAGAUGUUUGUCGGUGUCGGUCCCUCGCGUGUGCGCGAUCUCUUCGCGACGGCCAAGAAGAACGCCCCCUGCAUCAUCUUCAUCGACGAGAUUGACGCCAUCGGCAAGGCGCGUGGCAAGGGCGGACAGUUUGGCGGCAACGACGAGCGCGAGAGCACGCUGAACCAGCUCCUGGUCGAAAUGGACGGCUUCGGCACGAAGGAGCACAUCGUCGUGCUGGCCGGUACCAACCGUCCAGACGUGCUCGACCCGGCGCUGAUGCGUCCCGGUCGUUUCGACAGGCACAUUGCGAUCGACCGACCGGACAUUGGCGGCCGCCGCCAGAUUUUCAAGGUGCACCUUGGCCCGCUCAAGCUGUCGUCCGACCUGACGCUGGACACGAUUGCGGAGAAGCUUGCGCUGCUGACGCCUGGCUUCUCGGGCGCGGAUAUUGCCAACGUGUGUAACGAGGCUGCUCUGCGCGCGGCGCGCCGCGACGGCGACAGCGUGACGGAGGACGACUUUGACGGCGCGAUUGAGCGUGUGAUUGCGGGCCUGGAGCGCAAGUCGCGCGUGCUCGGCAAGAACGAGAAGAAGACGGUCGCGUACCACGAGGCGGGACACGCCGUCUGCGGCUGGUUCCUCGAGUACGCCGACCCCCUGCUCAAGGUCAGCAUCAUCCCGCGCGGCGUCGGCGCGCUCGGGUACGCGCAGUACCUGCCCAAGGAGCGGUUCCUGUUCAGCACGCAGCAGCUCCUGGACCGGAUGUGCAUGACGCUUGGCGGGCGUGUGGCGGAGGAGAUCUUCUUUGGCGAGAUCACGACGGGUGCGCAGGACGACCUGCAGAAGAUCACCAAGAUGGCGCACGAGGUCGCAUCCAACUACGGCAUGGACCCCUCCAUCGGACCCAUCUCCUAUGGCGGGCAGCAGGGACAGCAGGAGGCGUUCCAGAAACCCUUCUCUGAGGCUACCGCUCAGGAAAUCGACGGCGCGGUCCGCAAGAUGAUCAAGGACGCGCACACGCGCACGACCGAGCUGCUGACCAAGCACAAGGCCGAUGUGGAGAAGGUCGCAGCCCUCCUCCUCGAGAAGGAGGUGAUCACGCGUGAGGACAUGCGGCUGCUGCUCGGCAAGCGGCCGUUCGAGCACGCAGACGAGAUGGACGUGUACAUUGAGAAACAGCUCGAUGUCGACGCCGAGAAGAGGAAGAAGGCGAGGGAGAACCUGAAGGAGGUCGACCCGGAGGAUAACAAGGAGGAUGCUGGAAAGGAGAAGCAGGAGAACUAG